AUGUCUUUAGAAAAUGCGUCAGAUCUCACCCAGGAAGAAUUGGAAGAAGGACUACAAAUCAAAGUUGCUGAAGCACGAACAUGGUGCGCCAAGCUCCCCUUUGACGGUCUUGUAGAUUAUGAUGGUGAAUCUGCUGAUUUGUUCUCGUUUGUCACCAACGCCAUUGAAACAAGAGCUGCAAAAUUUGAUCCAAAGCAAUGGCCACCCACCAAAAAAGGUCUGAAAGAUUUGCUUCACCAUUUGAAAGUAAUUGGUCUCAAGCAUGGAAGCGAAUUCAUAUAUGACGUCUCAAAAGGCUGGUUGGCUUGUUAUAGAUCAAAGCCAUACCAUGGGACAAAACUACAAGACUCAGAGCAAUAUAAUGAAAAGGGGGUCCUUCUCCAGUACCGACACAAGUCCUACCACCAUGAUCGCUUAAGGAAUCGUCCAGAUGGCCUAACGCGACCCCGUGCUACACAUACUUCAAAGGACACCACAGGAGACAAGCUUUGCUCUUGCCGACUGCGACUGCGUAUUCACAAGAGCAAAAAGGCAAGUGAACCAUCAUACAUCUACGUUUCCUGUACUGGAAGCACAGUCCAUAGAUAUCAUGCAAAACCGGCGGCCGAGUUACCAAUAAAGGCACACAACCUCACAAAAGUAGCUCGACAAGCCGUCAUUGCUCAACAGAAGGCAGCAGUUAGUGGUACUCAAUCUCGGAAGAUGCUUCUUGAGUUGAAGCACGGCUAUGUCUCUAGGUCUGCGCAUCGAUCAGUAGUGGUAACCUCACCGGAAUACAUUGAAGCCAAAGCUGCCAAUGAAGCAAACUCUUCGGCUGCUGACUUUAUACAAUGGUUGCGAACCCAGGCUGGGAACCCCGAGGUCAAUCUGCACUAUACCGUCCUAUCCUAUGAGCUGACCCCAACAAAUGAAGACAUGGUUCAGAGCACUAUCAGAAAUCAAAAGGGUAGGAGGUCAAAGACGAAUCCACCUCCAAAUACGAAGGCUGUGAUGAGAAACUUGACGUAUAUGAACACCGUUCCUUGCCAAGAGUCUGGUAACAAGUCUGUUGAUUGUGGCAUUACAUCUAUUCCCGCAUGCCCAAGAAUUCCGCAGCAGGAGGACGUGCAUUCUAUUGUACAUGCUAAAAAUGUUGCCAACUUAAGCGUGGACAAACUAGCAGAAGGGAAUUCCAUGGUAUCAAGGGAUAGGAACAGAUCGCUUUUCCUUUCUGCACAACAAUAUAAGCAACGGGCCAAGGUACUGUCCCAAUUCAGCCAAUCCAGAACAAACAAAAUUGCAGCAGCUGCCAGUGGCAACACAAACUUUGAUUUGGAAAAGAGAAGACCUGCGGUUAUACCUAUUGUAAGUCCGCCGCUAAUGGGUCGCGGUGGUCUGGCUGCAAGGCGCACAGUGAUUCAAGCCGCUGCAGCCCCAAUGAUACGGCAACAGUUUUGUCACUUCACAUCCACGUUGACUGUUGACGACCAAUUGACACGGACUGAAUUCAUUCAUGAAAGGCUAGAGGCAAUUGAAGCCAAGGCUAUCAAAGCAGCAUCCUUGAAGCUUGGUAGUGGCAGAACCAUUGCUGUAGCAGAUUCUUCCAAUGUGGAGCUCCUAAAUUCCAACGAGUACAAUGCUGUCGAUCAGACCAUCUUUCGUUAUGUGAAGAAUGCAAUUCGCGGUAGAUGCGGACAUCAUCUCAUAGAAAAAACAUUCCUAAAACACGGACCAAAAGAUAGCGAGGUAAAGAAUCCAUCUAAUGGACAGGCAAUUCUACUGGAGGUGAGGCGGUGGGUUAGAUCCUGGAUUGAUGGAACUUCAUGUCGGAGCAAGAAGGAGUUCGAAUUGUCUAAGGCUUUACUGCUACAAGAGCUCCAAACAAACCAAGUUCUCAGACGCUUUGUUGGGGACAAAGCUGCAGAAAAAUGUGUUAGAUGGAUCCUAAAUCACAUUCUUACACUUGAUGACCAACAGUUUGCCUUCCAUUGUAAGCAGAAGGUUCGAUGCUUACACGAAUACACUACUAAUGCCACAGAGGGCAUGAACUACGCAGCAAAGCACAGUGCUAUGGCAGCACAGCCCCAAAAUAAUAUGAAGACUUCGGCUUCCAACAUGUCAGCGCAUAUGGAUAUUCAAAAUCGUGACAGGGAGUAUACCCAAAUGCGCCUGUCAAACUCUACACCACUGUAUGUUUCCGCAGAGUGUACGGUGCACAACACAGAAUGUAUUCAAAAGUUGGUGCCAAUUGCCACUUCUGUUAUCAUUGAACAAAUGGAUGAAGCUCUUGACAAAUACACCAUUGUACAACUGUCGACAAAAGCGUUCUUUCUUAUUCGUGCAGGACCCCCCUCAACGUUAGUCCGCUGUCCACCAGGCGUGAAGGGACGACCAAAGUUUCGCACAGCUCAUAAGUUGGAUGUUAAAGCAUGCACCAACGACACGUCCAGGGUAGUGCUGACUUGUUCUUGUGGGUUUGGACAUCAGUAUGGUAUCCCCUGUAGACACUUGAUAGCGUUGGAGCACCAUUAUGACAUCAACGAUUUUGCAUGUCGCUGGCGCUCAGAUUAUGCUUAUUACGCUUUUAAACAAGGUUAUGAGGAAAUCACUCACAACUUUGGUGAACUCCAGAAGAAAGAACAUUUUGGAAUAGUGGUGAAGACGCAAUCCUUGUUGAAAAGUAUUACGAGUCCGGACCAAACUACUAUGUAUCCACGGAUAUUUGCAAAAGCUAGUUGUUGCAAAUCAACCAUUGAAGACUUGAUGGAUAUAUAUCUCAGCCCCAUCCCACAUUGUUGGAAUUACACGCUGAAUGAGUAUCCUGAUACUGGAACCUUUAGCGAAUCUCCAAGUCAAACAAACGCAUACCAUACUGUUGAAACGUGUUCACCCUCAGACUACGGAAACAGCGAUUUUGCACAGGAUGAAGAGAGCGACGAUGAAGAGGGCGACAGAACUACUACACUAGCCUUCAACAUGAACCAGUUGUGUUCCCAACAACCAAAGGAGCAAUGUCAAAAAAAAAGAGCAUAUAAUUUCCAAAAAUUCAAGGACAUUGACCGAAAUUGCAUGAGUCGAGAUGACGUGAAUUUUGUUACGUCAAAACUGGAGGCAAUUGAUCGAGAGCUCUUUGAAAGGAAAGCCUUGGCCAUGAAGAAGAGCCAGAAACGUGCAUUUGUUGGGGCAACCGGACGGGACAUGGUAUCUUUUGCACUGAAUACAGAAACCUGUAAGAAGAGUACCCAGGAUACAUACCAUCGAAAGAGAAUCAAGAGAAAGGGACGAAGAUAA